GACAUGCUCCUCCUGAAUGCUGACGCACGCUUAGAGCAAUGCUCCUCAUCAAAGUCCAUGCAAUGCAGCUCGACUGAGAUCUCACAAUCCAGAAACAGCGUCGACUUUCAGCAUCCUGCGAGAGGAGCCUCUGGGAGACCUACUGCGAGCCGACUGGAGGCGGAGGUGCCCUGCUUUUAAUCAUUAUUUUAUUCACAAAUCUAGAAGCGUUUCCAUACAGAAAGAAAGGCAUGGGAAGUCAAACAUAUUGUCUCAAAAACACAGCAAUGAUCGCUGGAUUUAAUACAUUCAUUCGUUUAUCUUCAGUGGCGUGAGGCAUCUAAGAGGAUAGGAGCUACUCAACAGCUAGUAUUGUAAGAAAAUGGAUGAUUCACCAUCAAAGCAUCUUCUUGGCUCCAAGAAGAGAGUCAAAAUCCACCCGAACACAGUGACAGUCAAAUAUGCCACUCACUUUCCCCAGCCUGGAGACGAGGGCUAUGAUGACGCUCCAUCUUUUGAAGACUUUGGCUCAUUUGUCGAAGAGACCUCAGACAGCAAGCACCUCACUGACAGCAAGUCAGGCAGGACUUUUUUUGGCGCACUUGACAGUCGGUCCAAACCAGGUGGGGAUCAAAAAGAGAAAGGGGUCGGAGGUCAGCUGCAAAGCUUCGGCGAGGCCUCUGUGUUCGCCUCACGCAUGACGUGGGCCGCUCUGUUCGGGGCGGCUCUGGCCCACGGCUGCGUGGCUCUCAUCACCCGUCUAGCUGCUGACCGCUCUAGGGUGCCAUCGCUAGAGCUUCUCUUUAUCCGCUCCGUCAUCCAGGUGUUGUCCAUCGCGGUGGUGCUUUAUUACCAGGAGCCUCCCUUCGGGCCUCAAGGCUACAGACUGCGUCUUUUCCUCUAUGGUGUGUGCAAUGUCAUCUCCAUCACGUGUGCGUAUACCUCCUUUGCCAUCGUCCCGCCCAGCAAUGGCACCAUCAUGUGGAGAGCCACCACGACGGUCUUCAGCGCCAUACUGGCGUUUUUACUCAUCGAUGAGCGACUAGGAAUGACAGACGUGGUGACGGUUGUCAGUAGUGUCUUCGGACUCUGCUUGGUCAUGAUUCCCAACAUUGUAGGCGAGCACCGAUCUCUGGGUUUCUGGAAGGAGGCCUUCGGCUACACCAUGACGGUGAUGGCAGGAUUAAUGGCGGCCCUGUCCAUGAUCAUAUACCGUGCCAUAAAAGAGAGGGUGAGCAUGUGGACUGCACUUUUCACCUUUGGCUGGACCGGAACCGUGUGGGGACUGUCCACAAUGUUCAUCCUGCAGGAGCCCAUCAUUCCACUGGACGGAGAGACGUGGGGUUAUCUAAUCGGCAUCUGCGUCUGCUCCACUGUGGCAUUCCUGGGGGUCUAUUACGCCCUCAACAAGUUCCAUCCUGCACUGGUCAGCACCGUUCAGCAUAUGGAGAUUGUUGUGGCUAUGCUUCUGCAGCUGAUUGUGCUCCACAUGGUCCCCUCAGUGUAUGACAUCAUCGGGGGUCUCAUCAUCAUCAUCAGUGUUGUCGUGCUGACGGCCGUAAAGCUUUACUGGGUGGGCAAGAGCAAAAGACAGGAGUAUGAAGAGAUCCUCGACUCACCGAUAAAGUAAUGAAAGUUAUUGUUUUAUAGAUAUUUUUGUUGAGUCUGAUAUUUCAGGCCUUCAAUUACAGGUUUUUAAAAUUGCUUAGACACUAAAAAUUAUUGUGAAUGUUUGAGAAAAAGAUAUAUGUAAAGUUUACAGUAUGUAAAGUUUAUUCAUUGAUGAAGUGCCAUUGUGAAGUUGUCUUUGACUGUUGUAUUAUGUGAAGCUCAAAAAGGUUAUGGAUUCUUGUAUUAUGUAAAUAAUUAUCCAUGUUUAGCUAUGUCAUAUCAUGUUUCAUUAGGUAGUACAUCAAAAUAAAUGUCUGUGUAGAGGA